GCAAUCCGGUAUAGUGUAAACCGGGCGUGAAAUGCCAGCCAAGAAAGGACGCAUUGAGUGGUUAUAAAUGUGAUAGAAAAACUGGUGCAAAGGUUUGUUUGAAAGGUUGGUACGGUUCUGAGUGCAAUGAGACUACACGAGUCACGAGCGAAUUAGCUGAAAGAUCUACAAAAAUUCGUCCAAAGACACCGGCUCACAACUCUCAGCAAACCACAUCAGGUUUCUUUCCAUCCAAAAGUAGCAGACUUCAAAACAUCAUCCCAACAUCCAAACUUAUCAUAUCACCUUUGAAGAUGUCACUUAUAACGUCACCACUAAUGAGCUCGUCAUCAUCAACGCUAUUACCACCAACAAAACUAUUAUCACGCCUAGCGCCUUUAUUCACUACACCACCAAUAACCCCAUCAUCAACUGUAUUACCACCAACGUUAUCACGCCUAGCGCCUUCGUUCACUACACCACUAAUGACGUCAUCACAUGUGACGUCACUUUCUAUGACGUCAUCAGAAGUCACCUCACAUUUCGCAUCGUAUGUCCUUUCAAAAUAUAUUGAGGGAUUAAAGGCUACAUCAAGCAUGGUUAGGAACCUCACAGGGAUAACAGAGGAUAGGAACCUGGAGACAACUAGCGACAGCAGUCACAGAGUAAAACAAAGUAGAAAUAAUACAAAGCCGACUGUUGCAAUAUCCAGUGAUAGCACAGGUCGUGUUAAGGAACACAAAGAAUUUUUAGAACAAUCAACAAAGCUCAACAUGAUUGAAGAAGACUUCGCCAGCACAUGUUGUGAUGUCAAAUUCACGUCUACAUCAAGUGUCACAACACCCAGCCCAGGAACAACCGAUGAAAGAAAAGGAAGAAACGCAUGGUGGAUAAUAUUGAUGAUCUUAUUGAUCAUUGCCAUUAUAUUGAUUGUCACAGGAAUUUCAGUUUAUAAAAAAAAAUACAGAAAACAUCACAAAAUCUUGCCACAUCAUGGAGCUUCUAUGAAAGAGUUUCAGAUCCCAGCAGAAAGCAAUGUACCACUGGGCAAGCAACACUCAAACAAUAUGAAAAAUAAUUCAGCUGAAGAAGAUUUAGAUGCAAUGGGACGAGUUAUGGUGACAUCUCAUGAGUAAAUGAUUUUCAUAACAAAUCUGCCCAAACUUGAGGCAGGUGUUUAUCAUAUAUGUUAAAUAUAUGUCAGACAACAUCUUUUGUAGAAAAUUGUAAAUAAUGUGAGAAUUAAUAUUUAAGGAAUACUGGAUUACACUAACCUAACCUUGAUAAUGAAGAAGCUUCACUAUGAAUUUAUUUUAAGCGAAAAUCCCAACCCUUGGUUAGUUUGGCCAGUAACUCGAUCUGGGGUAUAAUCAAGUGAUGAUAUUAUCCACAAAUACUAAAA